CAACAUUGUUGUUGUUGGCUCUGCCUCGCCUCACACCCUCACCUCUUCUUUCUUUCUUGUAUCACAUCACAUUCAUGCGACCCUCACCUCGUCUUUGAAAAACCUUUGCCCAACCCAACCUCUACUUGUUUCUCUUCCUAAAUUCUCUCUAUCACUGCAUGGCUUUUCGACCGUUAAUACUCUAGCUACUCAUAUCUUCUCCUUCGUUCCCCUUCUGGGUUUUCUUCGAUUCUCUUGGCCUUUCUCCAUUGAUUUCUCUUUUUAGGUCUCUUUCAAAAUGGGCAAAAAUCAAGCUUACAAGGCUAUGCAGAGAGCCAGGCUCGGCUCCAGCUCUGCUGGCCCUGAUGAGGUCGAAGACGGCAUGGUGGAUGGUUCAUUUCAUUCACCAGAGUGGCAUGCUGCUCGUUUGGCUAGCCUCAAAACUUCUCAUACAAUUACCUGGGAGGAGUAUAAAAAGAAGCAAAAGGAAGAUGAAAUUAGAAAGGGAGAACUGGAAAAAGACACUGAUAGAAUGAUGAGAGAAUACAGAGCUCAACUGGAUGCUGAACGGGCUCGCAAGCUUGCCAAUGGAAGAAACCACUCCAGUAGUAAGUCUGAUCGCAAAAAAGAUAGGAAGGAUAAAGAUUUAAAGAAACGCAGCAGCAGAAAGAGAAAGCAUUCAAGAAGGAGAUCUUCAGAGUCUAGCUCCUCGAGUUCAUCCUCAGAUUCUUACAGUAGUGAAGAAGAAGAGAGAGAUUCGAAAAGAUCCAAGUCCAGGUCUAAGAGAACAAGGAAGGAAAAGAAGCACAGGUCAAGGACCAAACACUCCAGCAGUGAUGAUGACGAGGCUGAUGGUCCUGUGCCACUUUCAAGAUUCUUUGGCAGCGUGAAGAGCUAACAACAUUACAUUAGCUAUUGUCGUGUAUCUUCCUACAAUAGGAGAUUAGUUUGAGAUGAGUUUGUUCUUUAUUGUUUUCUUCUUCCUUAUAAGAAUCCAGUUGUUUCUCUACACGAUAUAUUUAGUUGCCUUAUCAUUGAUGAGGUUGCUUCCUAUGGUAGAGUAGUUUGGUUUAUUCAUCUCAUUCAGUAUAAUCAGUUGUAUGAAAAGAAUUUGAUGUAACAGGAUUAUAAAGCCUUAUGUGAGAAAAAAUGGAGUCAUUUUAACUCUCCCAGGGUUUUCCAAAAGGGAGGUUCUGCAACAA